CGUUGAACUUCCGGUAUUGCAGAAGUUAAUGAAGUUAUGGUCAGAUGUAUUUAUUGUGAAAAUUAUGAUUAGCUACAGAUUCAACGUACAAUAAUAUUUCAUUAUAUAAAAGACAUUAUAAAAAAUACACCAUGCCAGCUUCAUCAGGAUGUGAAAAAGAUGUUGAUGUGGCAGACAUUGAAGACAUGAUCUCCAAAGACACAUCAUCAGAUGAUAUCAGACACCAACCUCACAAGCAUGUCACGACCAGGGCAAAAAAGAUUGUCACAAGCUCUAAAUUCCAAGAACAAGUUCAUGGAGAUAGCCACAUUCCAGGUACACAGAAAAUAUUUGUGAAGACCUGGGGAUGUUCUCACAAUAACUCUGACAGUGAAUACAUGGCAGGUCAGCUAGCAUCCUACGGUUACAAGAUAGUUGAUAACAAGGAGUCUGCAGAUCUGUGGCUACUCAACAGUUGUACAGUGAAGAACCCAGCUGAGGAUCACUUCAGGAAUGAGAUAACCAAGGCUCGUCAGCUUGAUAAAAAGAUGGUGGUAGCAGGGUGUGUACCCCAGGGCCAGCCUAGGGCAGACUUCUUAAAGGGUUUAAGUGUGAUUGGAGUUCAACAAAUAGACAGAGUAACAGAGGUGGUAGAAGAAACAUUGAAAGGUAACUCCGUCAGAUUGUUUGGACAAAAGAAGGAAUCGGGGAAGAAAACAGGAGGUGCUGCACUGAGUCUGCCCAAGAUCAGAAAGAACCCGCUCAUCGAGAUCAUCGCUAUUAAUACAGGGUGCCUGAACCAGUGUACUUACUGUAAGACAAAGCAUGCCAGAGGAGAACUGGGCAGUUACAAACCAGAGGAGAUUGUAGCGAGGGCCAAGCAGUCCUUUGAAGAGGGCGUGGUGGAAAUAUGGCUGACCUCAGAAGAUCUUGGGGCAUAUGGACAUGACAUUGGUGUAACCUUGCCAGAGUUACUAUGGCAACUAGUAGAGGUCAUACCUGAAGGUGCCAGAAUGAGACUGGGAAUGACAAAUCCUCCAUACAUCCUGGAGCAUCUCGAGGAGAUUGCCAAGGUGUUGAAACACCCACGUGUGUAUGCAUUCCUCCAUGUACCAGUUCAGUCUGCUUCUGACAGUGUCCUCAUGGAUAUGCGACGCGAGUAUUGCCAAGCUGACUUCCGACAAGUAGCAGAUUAUCUCAAAACCAAUGUGCCUGGUGUUACCAUAGCAACAGAUCUGAUCUGUGGAUUUCCUACAGAGACAGAAGAAGAUUUUAAAGAAACUAUGCAGCUUGUAGAAGACUACAGGUUCCCAAGUUUAUUUAUUAACCAGUUUUUUCCACGACCUGGAACACCAGCGGCUAAAAUGCCAAGAAUCCCUCCUCCACAGGUGAAGAAGAGAACAAAGGCAGUAUCAGAAUUGUUUCACUCGUAUAGAACAUAUGACCACAAGAUGGGAGAAACCCAGGAUGUGUUGGUAACAGAGAUCUCACACGACAAACAGUAUUAUGUCGGUCACAAUAAAUUUUACGAUCAGGUAUUAGUGCCACAAGAUGAGGAUUUUAUGGGAAAAUUGGUUCGUGUUGAAAUUGUGGAGACAGGAAAACACUUUUUGAAAGGAAGAGUGGUAUCUAAAGAGGAGAUAACUCAGCCAUCUGUUCCUCCCCCACUGAAGAAGGGACAGGUUUCUGGCAUCAGUGAUACAGUGCAGGUAAAUCAAGGUUCUGACUUUGUGAAACAGACAUUUAAGUUCCUUUCCCUGGCUUGUUUGGUACUCGCCAUUGCUUGGAGAUUACAGAGUAUAGUCCUCAGUGCAACAUGAGAAAGAUAUUUUUAUCUUAGAGUCCAACCAAUUCACAAUUCUGUAGGAACAAAUCAUUUCGGUCAGCUGUUUUUUGUGUGUGGUGAUAACAGAGUUUAGUCCUCGACGCAACAUGAGAAAAAUAUUCUACUUGGAGUAGAACCAAUUCACUAUUCUGUAGGAACAAAUCAGUUCGGUCAGUGUGGUGAUAACAGAGUUUAGUCUUCGACGCAACAUGAGAAAAAUAUUCUACUUGGAGUAGAACCAAUUCACUAUUCUGUAGGAACAAAUCAAUUCGGUCAGUGUGGUGAUAACAGAGUUUAGUCUUCGACGCAACAUGAGAAAAAUAUUCUACUUGGAGUAGAACCAAUUCACUAUUCUGUAGGAACAAAUCAAUUCGGUCAGUGUGGUGAUAACAGAGUUUAGUCUUCGACGCAACAUGAGAAAAAUAUUCUACUUGGAGUAGAACCAAUUCACUAUUCUGUAGGAACAAAUCAGUUCGGUCAGUGUGGUGAUAACAGAGUUUAGUCUUCGACGCAACAUGAGAAAAAUAUUCUACUUGGAGUAGAACCAAUUCACUAUUCUGUAGGAACAAAUCAGUUCGGUCAGUGUGGUGAUAACAGAGUUUAGUCUUCGACGCAACAUGAGAAAAAUAUUCUACUUGGAGUAGAACCAAUUCACUAUUCUGUAGGAACAAAUCAAUUCGGUCAGUGUGGUGAUAACAGAGUUUAAUCCUCAGUGCAAUGUGAAGAAGAUAUUUCGGUCCUAUUAAUUCACUAUUCUGUAGGAAUAACUCUGCCAGCAGAAUCUCCAUAAUAAACAUGUGUGGUUAUAAGGGACAACUAGUGAGGAUUUGAGAUUUAUUCAGGUUGUUUAAACAACUCAGAAGAAUCAAUUGUGAGCUCUACAGAAUUAUUUUCCAAUGCUAAAUUAUUUACUUUUGAGAAUAUAAAUGUUUAUGACUCCACCAGCGAAGUACAUGUUUGAUGAAAAGUGACUAAUAUUGUUUCGAAGUAAGAAAAUUGUUAUAAACUUGGAUUCUAACAGUUACAUGUUGAUAUUGGCAAAUAAACCCAUCAAUAAGUACCCAGGUACAUAAUUGAG